AUGGCCGGCCUCCUCACUGAGACUGCUCAGGCUGAGCUGCCUCGUGCUGAGCUGCUUCCUCUCCCUACGCCCGAGCCUGCACUUGUUCCUGACAGCGUUGAGCUCCCUGCCCUUCCCUCCGAGUCGAGCUUCCAAUUCUCCGGCUUCCCGACCGAUGCAUCUUCCAACAACGCGUCCUUCACGUCCACGCCCCCAACCACCGUUGCUGACGCUGCCAGCGUCGCCUCUGACACUUCCAAGCACGAAAUAACAGCCACUCUCCCAGCUCUCGACCCACCUGCAGCACUCACGCCCGCCACCGGCUCUGCAGAGCCUUCAGAGCCUACAGAGCAUAUUGAACAGACUGUCCAAGUUGCCACCGACGAACUGCCCGAGACAGGCCAACAAACCCCCAAGGCGUCCACUCCAGCUCCCGACGAUGAAACUCCCACCCCAAGACGCGCUCGACUCGGGCGCGUGAGUUCACAGGCCCCCGUCUACAACUUGGCCAAGCUUGCAGGCACCCACAUCCACGGCAAGAGACGCGCCAAUGGCGAUUCCGUCAGGGAAAAGCGCAGGAGAACUAUAUCGGGCGACACACUGGUUGGUAACAACGAUGCAAGCAUCAAUCCUAGUCUCGACAGCAUCGUUCAACGCGGCGUCGACGCGCUGGACAUGAAUUGGUCUCUGUCUGCGCCCAACUCGCCUUCAAUAGCGCAUAGCGCGACCGUACACAACGACGCGAAGACCAAGUCUGCUGCAAACAACAAGAAGUACAAGGCAAAGACAGCCCCCACGACGCGGAUCUCUACGCGUGCUUCUGGUGCGGCUGCCGCCGAGUCAAUCAUCACAAAGGCUGCUUCAGUGGGCAAGCGGGGACGAAAGAUGUUCGAGAAUGCGCGCAUACCACGCGAGCUCAGAAGACUCCAGGACACGAACGAGUUCAUUGGAGUUGAGGCCAAGCCUGUGCUUCACACUAUCUGGAGCAAUGGCAAGUAUGUCGACCCCAACGAGUUGGACGAAGCCGGCGAGCCCGUUCAAAAGAAGGUCAAAAGGGGACGCGCAGCGACGCAACCUGAGCCCGAGACCGAAACCGAGACGUCCAAGGAAGAGACUCCUACAAUUGCGCCCAAGCAGAAACGCGUCAAGAAGUGGUUGGAUAAGGGUCUGUAUGCAGGCCAACCAGCCCCCUUGGACUAUACCAAAGGCAUGAGUACUGCUGAGAAGAAGAAGCUUGCGCAACUCCCGGAACUUGCGCCCACCGGGAAAGUCAACAAGACAUUUCCCUUGCCCAUGUUUGCUGGCUUGAGACUUCUCAUCAACGGUCGAGAUUUCAAGUUGCCAUUUGAUGUUUGCAACCCACUGCCACCUGGUCAACCCAAACCGGAUGAGUGGCGCAAGAUGACCAAGAAUCGAUUCGUCGGAGACGCUGGAACAUACUGGCGGAAGACGGACCACUUCAAGGACUACCAGUCAAAAUGUAUCUGCAAGCCUGAUGAUGGAUGCACUGAAGACUGUCAGAAUCGCAUUAUGUUGUACGAGUGCGACGACACGAACUGUAAUGCUGGCAAGGAAUACUGCCACAACCGCGCUUUUCAGAAUCUGACUGCACGCACCAAGAAGGGCGGGCGAUACCGAGUUGGUGUUGAGGUUGUGAAGACCUCUGAUCGUGGCUACGGUGUGAGAAGCAACCGCUGUUUUGAGCCCAAUCAGAUUAUCAUGGAGUAUACUGGGGAGAUCAUCACACAGGCUGAGUGUGAAAACCGGAUGAACGAAAAGUACAAGGACAAUGAGUGUUACUACCUCAUGGCUUUCGAUCAGAACAUGAUUAUUGAUGCAACGACUGGCAGCAUUGCUCGAUUUGUAAAUCACUCAUGUGCACCGAAUUGUCGUAUGGAGAAGUGGAUCGUGGGUGGUCAGCCACGUAUGGCGCUCUUCGCAGGCGAAAAACCUAUCAUGACUGGGGACGAGCUGACGUACGACUACAACUUUGAUCCUUUCUCGGCAAAGAAUGUACAGAAGUGCCUCUGUGGCAGCGCCAACUGCCGUGGAGUUUUGGGACCCAAGGCUCCCACGAUUGCUCGCGGCGAGACUCAGGUCAAGGCUGUCAAAGGCAGCAUCAAGGAUACUGUCAAAGCCGCGACCAAGGCCGGCAAACGCAAGCUUAUGGCACUCCUCGAAGGUGAGGAAGACACGGGCACGUCCAACAAGAAGCGCAAGGUGAUCAAGGCCACGGGCGUCAAGCGUUCCUUGAGCGCAAAGGCCGCCGCGGCAGUCAAGAAAACCGCCAACAGCAUCUCGGUCAAUGCGAAGGCGGCUCUCUCCAGCUCAGCAGCACAAAAGACGCCGGUUAAGACAGUUUCGGUCCGCAAAUCUACGCUCGUCAAGGCGGCCAGGACGUACAACAAGAAUGGGAAGGAGUUGCUGCUUGCUGCGAGCCUGACCUCGAGUUCUGCCACAGUUGUAGCGAAACCAGCGGCUGGGAAGUCAGCUGGUCCUGGCCGCAAGAGGGCUGUAAAGGGCUCAGCGCUCAAGGGCUCAGUGGCCAAAGCAAAGGGCGGUAUCAAGGGCAACAUCACCAGCGCUGCUGGCAAGGGUAGUUUCAAGAGCACUAUCAAGAGCGCCAAGCACACGAUCAACAAGUCUACCGGCAGGAAGACCGCCACUACGAAGACUACCAAGACAGUCAAGACGGUCAAGACCAAGCAAAUCGCCAAGAAGAGCAUCCUAGAAGAUGCCGAGGAGGGCAAAGCGACGAAGAAGUACGCGAAGACGGACCGUGCACCCACCGCUGAGGCCGGGUCCAUCAGCGUCAAGGGCCCAAGGAAGGCGCUCGAGCUGUCCCGCACGCAGAAUAAGAUCCGCGUUGUGACAGACCCAGAGUAG